AUGACUGAAAAAGGGAAAAGUGGCAACACUGAAAAGUAUCUGAACAGAAAGUACAAAAAGUGGCUGGACAAGCAAAAAACUAAAGGUAACUCUGAACAGAUUCUAGUUUGUUUCGAAUCAUAUUUGGUUGAUUUCUCUCAUGAUUCAUGGUGGCUAGACAGUGGUGCUUCUAUUCAUGUAGCUAACUCUUUGCAGGGAUUCAUAAGGAGAAGACUGCCAAGAAAGGAUGAAGUAAAGGUGUUCGUUGGCAAUGGAGAAAAAGUUCAAGUAGAGUUCAUAGGAACAGUUAGAAUUGAAUUAGAGUUUGGUUUUGUUUUGGAGUUAGAUGAAGCCUCCCUUUUUAUAGAGUCCACAUCACCAUCCUUGUCUCAGAGUGAUAUCUUUACAGAUGCCCUGGUAUUGGAAUUCCUUUCUGCAGGGGUCUUGGCUUCUAGCAUGGUCGCUGAAGAUGGAGAUGGUUCUUCUAAUGUCCGAGAGGUAUGGAAGCUUUCGUUUAAGUAG